GCAAUCAAGUAAUCACCGCUCGUACCAAUUAGCGUAUUAAGUAAAUUGCAUUGAAGUAGAUGGUCAGCAAUUUUGGUAGUGAAGGAAUUUAUGAAAAUAUUGCGGUUUUCAUUGCUUAAAAGUGCGAUAAUACACAAUUAGUGGUGAUUAACCCAAUUCUAUAAAUAUAUCUGCAAGUGUACACUCCUUAAAAUAAAUUAUACCUAUUUUCGCAGUAAUAACUGGAUUCGGCGAAAUUUUCCCAAAAUUUUUAUCUAUUACGCUGUGAUGUAAUCGCGUGUGACUUGGUUCGACCCACAUUUAUUAUACGCAUAGCAAAUGAAUUUUUGAGUGUUCCUUUCUUUGAUUGCAAUUAUGUUUUUGUGUUUUGAAAGCGGCAAAAUAGUUUGUAAAAAGUGUAAAUAAAUAAACUACCUUAACCUCAUUUGGACAUAACCUCGUUAAUUGUUUGGAAAUGAAAUUUUAGUUCGAUUAAAAUUUAGUUGGAAUUUUGUUAGUGGUUGUCGGCUAGUUAGCCGAUGGUAAGCAGUUCGAUUUUGAUUAUUAGCAGCCAUUGUCGAUAAUAUAGUGCGAAUGAAAAAAAAAAAAACGAAAAAUCAGAAAGAGACAACUUGUGACAUCUGCAAUCACUUGGACUGGAAAAAUGUGUAGUGCUGUCGGACUUUGGUCAAAAAAUAAUGAAUAAUUUUUUAAAAUUUUUAUUUAUUAAUGUAUUUUUGAUUAGAUUCUAUAAGCGAAUUCUAAUUACUUUAUUUUGACUCAAAAAUUGACUCACGCAUGUAGUGACGAAAGUUUUUCGGCAAAUUGAAAACGAAUUUUACCGAUUAAUUUGAAGCUAAUUGGCAUUAUUGUCAUUGUCUCGUGGUAUAUUUUUUGAGCUUAGUGGGGGUUUCAAUAAUCUUCACCAAACAAUUUGCGAUUUUAAAUGCAAACAUUUUAAUUAUUACAGAUUUAAAAAAAGUCAAAGUGAUUUGUGUAGUGUGAUGGAUAGGCAAACAUUUCAAAUACAAUGGAUACAAGGAAAUAGGGAUGAUUUAAAAACAGCUGGAGGACGAUUGAUUGUUAAACCACAAGUCUCUCCGGAAGACGAAUUAUUGGCCCACAAUUUAGUUAGCACAACUGAUGAAGCCGCCGCGUAUCAUUUGGUUUCUGGCGCUGGAGACGAUAGCAAUGUACCAACUGAAGUAGAUAUCGAUCAAAUAGCCGCUGAAAAUUUAAUAUUUAUGUCGCGAGAGUGUCAAAUGGUCACUGAGAUUAUUGAUGCCACAACGGACGAGAGUGGUACUGUCGUGGUGUCCGCCUCUGAUGGCAUAGACUGUACAGAGGCAUUGCAGCAAGCUGCUGCUGCUGUUAUGGCGAAUCAGCUGGCUGAGGAGCAAGAGGAUGCAGGUGGGGGAUUUAUAGACAGUUUUGUCGACAAUACACCACAAAUGGUAACAGAGGAAGUUAUAACCGACGACUGGGUACAGCAUCAAGGGGAAGAACGGGUAGAAAUACCAGCGGAUCAGAUAAUUUGUUCGGGUUCACAAGUGUUACUUGAUAUGGAGGUCCCAUUACCAACUGUUCAAGAUGAAUACACAGCAUUACGUCCUUAUCCUUGUGAUUUCUGCAGCCGACGUUUUCGUAAAAAGACAAGUUUAAUGAAUCACAUUGUAGCACAUCAAAACGACAGACCACAUUUGUGCAAACUGUGCGGUUCACGUUUCUUCCGACGCUCGGAUUUAAUAAAUCAUUUGAAAGCACAUGCUGAUGCACCAGAUCCCGAAUUGGAUUCCGAAUUUAUGAAUUUCGUUGCGCAAGAACAGCAACAGCUACAGGCGAAACAACCAAAUGACCACUACUAUGAACAGGAUUGGACAACACAAAUAAAUUCUUUGCCACGUAGCGAAAGAUCUAGUCGCAAACCGCAUAAUGCCAGCGGUAAUAGUUCAUCUACCUCAACGUCGACGACAGUAGGUCGUGGUCGUAUUAGCCGUAUAAAGCCAAAAGAAGAACGUUAUAUACUGGAUGAGCCAAUGCGGAAUGAAAUAAACGAGUCGGCGAAUAUUGACAAUCCGUCAAAAGCUUAUGAAGACUGCCAGCAACUACAAGCUUCCACAGCUGUUGUUAAAUUUACACAAAAUCAAUCCCCAGCCCAUGAACAAAAUUUUCCCAUUAUCGAUGAAAGUAAACCGUUUGUUUGUCAGCAAUGCGGACUGGCAUUCGCACGCGAAAAAGCAUUGCUGGCGCAUACAAAGAAUCAUCGUGAUGAUCAGCCGCAUGAAUGCAGUCACUGCAAUGAGAUGUUCUGGGAUGCUAACGGUUUACAAGAACAUCUGAAGACACACCAGUUCGAAGAGAGUAACUCAGAGUACGAUCCGGAAGAAGCAGAAGCUGAGGAAACUCAAAGUGAAUCCGAAUCGGAACGCUUGUAUGGGGAGUUCUACUGUAGCGAAUGUGGCAUGUCUUUUCAUCGUGAAGAGCUAUUACGUAGACAUUCUAAAAUUCAUGCAAAAACUGUGGGCGAAUGUGAUGUAGAAAAAGACAAGGACCGGCAUUGUUGCAACACUUGUGGUGAAACAUUCGCUGAGGCAUUAGAUUUGUUAGCGCAUGCUGAAAUACACGCCCGUUAUCCGCCAUUUAAAUGUGUUCUGUGUGGUGAAACCUUCUUCGAGGAGCUUACUAUUAAACGUCAUCUGCAGUCUCUGCACCCCAACGAUAUGACACCCAAUUCGUGCAUACUUUGUGGUAAGGAAUGUCGCGACCGCAAAGCACUGAUAAAGCAUGCCUGGGAUCAUUCUCGUGAAAAAUGUCACUCAUGUUCGAAAUGUGGCAAAAACUUUCACAACAAAGCGCGCCUAAAACGCCACAUGGCCUCCCAUCGAGAUAAGUCAGUUAUCUGCGAUGUCUGUCAAGAGGAAUUUCCUGAUGGUCGCACGCUUUCUAAUCAUCGACACUCGCACACCAAUGCUUCGGGCAAAAUGUUUCCGUGCCAUGAGUGUGGCAAAACUUUUGGUUCACGCAGUUCACAACAAAUACACGUCCGGAUACACACCGGCGAACGGCCGUAUGGGUGUCGUUUCUGUUGGAAGGCAUUUGCCGAUGGUGGCACACUGCGCAAGCACGAACGUAUACAUACGGGCGAAAAGCCUUACGCUUGCUCGGUAUGUGCGCGUGCAUUCAAUCAGCGUGUUGUGUUGCGCGAGCAUAUACGAUCUCAUCACUCGGGCUUGGAUGUGAAGCGUAACACUUUCUUUUGUACUGUUUGCUCAAUGGAUAUGCCAUCAUCACCCGACCUAGUGCAACAUUUGAUACAACAUAGUGAUAUGAACACUGCCAUGCAGAGACAACCAGUGACUGGUCCACGUAAGUAUAAACGACGAAGAAAGCUAAAACCACAUGAAAUUGCGCGUCUACGUCGCGAAAGUCAACAGAACGGUAAUGGCAGCGACAUUGAGAUAUCAGACUUCGAUAUGGACAAUGUAGAUGAUCUCCUGGGCAUAACAGAUCCAAAUGAAGCAUCCAAAGCCCCUACAAAAUCCAAACGCAGAAACGCCAAACAUAACCCUAACAACAGUGCUUUGAUAAACGAAGGAAUUAAUGGCGUCAUAUUGCCAGAUAAUGAUUUACUUAUGGAGCGCCCACGAAAACCGCGUUAUAAAUCGACGGGCAGUAACUCGGAUACAUUAUGGCAAACCAAGCUCAUCAACACGAAUUCAGUACUUUCGAAUUUAGAAAACACACUGCAAAGUAUCGACACACUGGUCGUGGGCUCCUCAGUUAGUGGUACUACUUGCCAUGCUGAAGUGGAAGAACGCAAGCCAAGAUUUAAAUCAGGCGGUGACAAUAAUAACGGUGGAUCACAACGCACGCAAGAAGUGCAGAUAAAUAAGAAUCACAAUGGGAAUAAAGGACGCAAGCGAACUGAAAAGUCAACAACAUCGAAAGUGAGCCGUCCACGCAUGAUUCACACCGAAAAAUGGCCUGCCUCAAGCAAUGAAGUUGGACGUAAGCGUUCGAAGACUGUUGUAACGCAAAAGGAAGAAACCGAUUUAGAUUUAUUGUGUCGCACUCGUACAAUUGUCGAUGAUUAUGAGAUUAUUUCACCUGCCACUGAGUUGCCCAAACAGAUCAGUUCAAGUCCACCGCGUAUCAAGGAGGAGAUAAUACAAAAUAAUCACCAUGAACAUUAUCAACAGCAGCGUACCAUGCAAUAUAGUACACAGCGUCUGAGCUCCUCUAGACAUGUUGAUUUGUAUGAUGCACAAUUCCUUGGCGGUACCUCUACGCUGCGCAAAGAAGCUUAUGAGAAAUUCAAUCCCAGUAUAGUUAAUGACCUCGAAGAGAUUUUACGUUCGCCCAUUAAAUGUGACCGCACCGAACGCCAUCGCUUCAUAAGUGAAUCCUCUACGCCUUUCCUUGAAGAGGAACAGCAUAACAUGAUAAAAAUCGAACCAACCUCGCCCGAUUUACGUGAAAUCGUUGUUGGCGUAAGCGCUAGUGGUGGCGUGGGUGUGAGUGGGAGCAGCGCCAGUGGCAGCAGCAGUGAUCGUCGCAAUGCCCGUACACCACGCAGUCGGGCCAGCGUUAUUAACCGAAAAUACCUCGAAUUCGAAUCGGAUUUGCAUAGUAAUGGCGUAACCCGAGCACAAAAACGGAACACCACUCAUACUGCCAAUAGCGGCAAUUCAAGAACUAAACAAGCCAGGAGCAAUAAAAGAGAGAAAAAAGAAAGUUCCAUAAGCAACCAAAGAAUUAGCACUUACUCUUCCACAUAUAGUGGCUCGUUAACUACUACCAAUGAUUCAUCUUUCUCCUCCUUAUCACCGACUGAGGGUGUUUCUGCCGUUUUGUCAACAUCACGGCCAAUAUCAACAACGGCAACAACCACACCCGUCACGGCGCCUCAACCUGAACGAAAAGUGCGUUACUUCGAGUGCGAGAUGUGUUCAGCUGUUUUUCCGGAUCGCGCACAACUGCUGGAUCAUGUGCCUAUACAUAUAUAAGCAAAGGUUUCAAAGUAUACCUUUAAAAUAUUGUUAGGAAUUAAUGCAAGUUGUAAUAGUGUGCCAAUGCUUUCGUAUUAGUUUUUGAAUUGAUAUUGUUUUAACUUCAAAAUUCGUGCAUGUAUAACAUGUACACCGAUUUGACUUUUCAUGCACAAAAAUUGUGUAGAACUUUAUUUCUUUUUUUUUUUUAAUUUUAGUCUUAAAAAGUUUUAUUAUUAUUUUUAUUGAUUUCGAAAAGUAUUUCAUAGAGACAUUACUGUUAAUUAGUUACUAUGCAUAACUAAGUUACUACUAUCAUUAAAAAAGUACGUCAAAACAAUGUAUUGUAGUUUGUAGUUAGCUAAAAAAAAAACAAAAAUAAGAAAACAAAAAAUAUCCACAGUCUAUUACAUUUUUAUAUAUGCUUAUAGUUAGUAUAUUGUAUAACGUAAAAUAGCAAAACUCUGAAAACGUAAGUGACUAAUGUUAUGACUUAAUAAGAAAUAAAUAGUUGAAGUAAUAAUUCAAAGAAUGAAAUAAAA